AUGGAGAAGAAGGCAGGGGAUGCCGAGAUCGUUGAGGAGGAUCGGGGGAGGGCGGCGUCGAGCGCAUCAACCUCAUCGAGGAAGAAGAGGUCAGCUGUCGAUGGCGCGUCAGGCGCAUGCCUGUGCGACGACGUCAUCGGCAACAUCCUCGCCUACCUGCCGGCCCGCACCGCGAUCGGAUGCAUGGCGCUCUCGAAGCGCCACCGCGAUCUGAUCCGCAGCCCGGAGUUCCGGAGCCUCCACUGUAGCCUCGGCGCGCCGCUUCCCCGCCCGCACAUCGCGUACAUCGCGACCGCGUCGUUGCGGUACAAACAAUACCGGGGCCGGGUCAGCGAGUUCCACGGCUUCCACGUCGCCGGCGCCGGCGACGGGAUCAGCAGCAGCAACGCUCCCAUGCGUGCGAUCUUCGGAGACAGCUACCUCGGCUACAGGUGCGUCAACACGUGCAACGGCGUUGUGCUCCUUGCCACCAACGACUACUCCCCCUUGGGCAGGUGCGUCCUCUGGAACCCGGCCGUCGCCGACGUCGUGCGGGAGUUCACCGUCCCUGCAGAUACGUCCAUGGAGGGCGGUAACGUUAACUAUCUAGUGCUGGGGCUGGGUUACGGCCGCCGGAGUGAAACGUACAAGCUUCUUUUGUUCCACAUGGACUACACGCAUUGGAAGCACUCGCUGCAAGUGUACGCACUCGUCGGCGGGCAACCAAGAUUAAGACCGGCCGUAUCAUCGCCGCCGGGGAUAGACGGAGCAAUCCAGAGCCAGGAGUCACUCUACAUGGAUGGCACGGUCUACCUCCUCGACGUCGACAGGUCAGUGAUCCUAGCUUUCGACGUCGACGACGAGACUGUCACAACCAUUGGCCUGCCCGGCAAGCGCGAUCGGGGCCAUCCACGGCAUGUAAGGUCCAGGCUCAUGGAGAUGCAGGGUCGCCUGUGCCUGGCGACGAACCGGGCACCACCACAGAGCCGGCCUGUGGCUUCUCACGGCUGA